AUGGUCAUAUUAAUAAGUGAAAAUCUAUGCCCUCGUUAUUUAGAUUUUGCAGAAGAAUUAUUAUUGCAUUUUGUGAAAUCAACAAAGAUAAUUUAUGGGUCGCAUUUCUUGUCUCACAAUUUUCAUAAUCUGUUGCAUUUAGUUGGUGAUGUGCGUCAACACGGAUGUCUGGAUAAUUUUAGUAAUUUCAGCAGUGAAAAUUUUUUACAGAAAAUAAAAAAAUUAAUAAGAAAGCCCUCCGACAUAUUGCAACAAGUGGUGAAGCGAAUUACUGAAAUUAACUUGCAUUUACGAAAAAAUACUUAUAAUAAUGAAACAGCUGAAUUCAGAUUAGAUAGACCGCACUGUAAUGGAGUUUUGAUCCAAAAUUGUGAUGGUCCUCAGUAUAAAAGGGCUACAUUCAAGCAAUUUCAGAUUUCAAUUAAUAAUAAUGAUUGCUGCUGCAUUUUGGAAGAUGGGAAAGUAAUUCUUGUAAAAAAUUUUGCUAUCUGUUCUAAAACUAAUGAAGUUGUUGUUAUUGGAAAAUAUUUUAAAUCAAUGGAAAAUUUUUAUACCGAACCAUGCGAUUCGUCUCUCCUUGAAAUAUUUUUUGUGAAAAAGUUAAGUAAUCUUUGCUACUGGCCGAUAAAAAAUAUUAAAAAUAAACUAGUAAGAUUGCCAUAUUCUGAUGGUUUUGUGAUUUACCCCUUACAUCAUAGUAACAGUACUGAAAUUGAUUGA